AGGAUCCAGGAUCAGCUGUGAGCACCAUGGCUUGGACCCCGGUGCUCCUCGUGCUCCUCGCUCACUGCACAGGGUCCCUCUCCCAGCCUGUGCUGACUCAGCCGCCCUCCCUCUCUGCAUCUCCGGGAGCAUCAGCCAGACUCACCUGCACCCUGAGCAGUGGCUCCAAUGUUGGUGGAUACACUAUAUACUGGUACCAGCAGAAGCCAGGGAGCCCUCCCCGGUACCUGCUGUACUACUACACAAGUACAAGCUUGGGAACUGGGGUCCCCAGCCGCUUCUCUGGAUCCAAAGACACGUCGGCCAAUGCGGGGCUCCUGCUCAUCUCGGGGCUGCAGCCUGAGGACGAGGCCGACUAUUACUGUCAGGUGUACCACAGUAGUGCUAAGCACAGUGACACACACAGACGGGGAAGUGCGACAAAAACCUCGGCCUCCUUGCUCCAGGCUCCUGACACAUCUACUGAGGCAGGAAAUGUCUGA